GUUCUUCUUGAAGAGCGACGGUCCAUGUUGUCCUUGUUGCAGGCGCCGAGCAGGACUUGAGCCACAGCCACUGCAAGGCGUGUGUGCGUCGAAUGUGUACUACGGGCAAUGUCUUGAGGACAUCCAUGUGGACGUGCCAGAUGAAGAUCUGAAGCCCAAACCGUAUUCGACGAAGUCCACGACGAAACAGUCCGUCGAGGUACGAGACUUUGUCCCUGGUAGCCAGCGACACCGACCCGUACAGUCCUAG